AUGCUGAUAUUCUACAGUGAGAUUGAUGACUGCACCCGUGAGUGGACAUUUGAGCCCGAGUCAUUUGACUACGUGCACAUUCGGUUCCUCGUCGGAAGCAUUGCAGACUGGCCAGCGCUGUUCAAGGAAGCCCACAGGGCUCUCAAGCCGGGCGGUUACCUUGAGAGCUUCGAGGUUUCACCCGCUAUCCUGAGUGACGACGGCACCGUGCCGGAUACCAGUGCCCUGGGCCAGUGGGGCAAGUUCUUCGAAGAGGGCGGCCGUAAGAUGGGCCGGACCUUUCGAGUCCUCGACGAGAACCUGCAGCGGACGUCAAUGGAGCAGGCUGGCUUCGAGCACAUCACCGAGUGGAAUAACAAGGCUCCUAUUGGCAAUUGGCCCAAGGAUCCGGUGAAGAAGGAGAUUGGCGAGUGGGCGCAGUUGACUCUUCUCUCCGAUAUCGAGGGCUACGUUCUCUUCAUGGCAAACGUCAUGUCUACUUGGACUCGGGAGGAGAUUCAGAUCUAUGCGGCACAGCUCCGACGUGAGAUUCGGUCCGGCAAUCUUCAUGGCUACUACCGCCAAAGAGCAGUUUGGGGACAGAAGCCUCACAAAGUUGAUGCGUAG